UUCUGAUCCACAAUCAUAUUUUCAGCUUGAAGGUGGUUGUGCCAUGGAAAGAGUAAAUAACCUUUCAAUUUUCUUCAUAUCAUCAAAUCCUAAUGAAUACAAAAUCGAAAUCAGUAUUUUCCUGAUUAGUAUCGUAUUAGCCUAUGUCUUCAUGCACAGAUGGAAUCAAAGGAAUGUAAAAGGCCCAAAAUCAUGGCCUAUCAUUGGUGUUCUUAUCGAACUUCUAAUGAACUACCAUAGACUACAUGAUUGGGUAACUGACUACUGCGUUGAAUCAAAAACAUUCAAGGUGCCACUGCCAUUUACAACUGUAACUUGCAUUGCAGAGCCUGCAAAUGUUGAACAUGUUCUAAAAACCAACUUCCACAACUACCCAAAGGGUGAAGCUUUUCAUACGAACAUGGAGGAGUUGCUUGGAGAUGGAAUUUUUAAUUCAGAUGGAGAAAUUUGGAAGCAACAAAGAAAAACUUCUAGUUUCGAGUUCGCAUCUGGUAACUUGAGAAACUUCAGCACCACUGUCUUUAGAGACUGCGCAUUGAUUCUCUCAGGUAUUUUGCACCAAACAUCAAUUGUUAACAAGGAAAUUGAUAUGCAGGAACUGUUGCUGAGGAUGACUCUAGAUUCUAUAUGUAAAGUUGGAUUUGGAGUGGAAAUUGGAACAUUGUCUAAUGAGUUACCCGAUAAUCGUUUCGCUAAUGCUUUCGAUUAUGCAAGUAGUAAUGUUGCAUAUAGAUUCGCCAACCCUUUAUGGGGACUAAAGAGAUUUUUUAAUGUUGGGUCUGAAGCUUUGUUUGCUAAAAGUAUCCAAGUCAUUGAUGAAUUUACAUACAAUUUAAUUCAUAAAAGAAAAGCGGAAUUUAAAGGAGCUAAAUCAACUGACAACAAUGGUAACAUGGUAAAACAUGAUAUAUUGUCAAGAUUCAUUGAGUUGAGUGAGAAUCCUGAGAAUAACUUAACAGACAAAAGUCUUAGAGAUGUCAUUAUAAACUAUGUUUUAGCUGGACGUGACACAACUGCAUCAACAUUAUCUUGGUUCAUAUACAUGAUUGCGGUAAACCCUACUGUACUUGAGAAGAUCUACAAGGAGCUUAUAACAUUCGAAGAAACUCAAGCCAAGGAAAUGAUUGGCUGUAACCCUGAGAAGGUACCAAAAUCUUUCACUGAGAGAGUAACACAAUUUGCAAGUCGAUUGAAUUUUGAUUCACUUGGAACGUUAUCCUACUUGCAUGCAACAAUCACUGAGACACUUCGUUUGUACCCUCCAAUUCCCCUGGAUCCGAAAGUAGUGUUAGAAGAUGAUAUUUUACCUGAUGGAAUAAAAGUAAGAGCAGGAGGACUGGUAUCUUAUGUCCCAUAUGCCAUGGGAAGAAUGGUGUACAAUUGGGGACCUGAUGCAACAAUAUUUAAUCCUGAUAGAUGGUUGAACAAAGAAGGGUUAUUUCAAAGUGAAUCACCAUUCAAAUUCACCGCAUUUCAGGCUGGACCAAGAACAUGCCUAGGAAAGGACUCAGCAUACCUUCAGAUGAAGAUGACACUUGCUAUCUUGUGUAGAUUCUUCAAUUUUCAUUUGAGUCCAAACCAUCCUGUGAAGUACAAAGUAAUGACAACUCUAACUAUGGAGCAUGGGUUGAAGUUUACGAUAAAUGCUAGGAAAUCUUGAUAUGUUUAGACAAGAAAGGGAUCCAUACCCUGGAUCCAUUUGUAUUCUGAUUUAUGAUUAUUGGUUAGACUUAAUCACUCUUACUGAUCUCUCCUUUUAAAGGAAGGUUGUAAGUUGAAACUGCAAACACUAAGCAAAUAUUGCAUAGCAUUUAGUAGACUGGUUGGACUGUUGAUAUAGUUCUAGUUGGUUCACCUUGAUGAGUAUAAAAUGUAUAUAAGUACUUAUAUCUCAUUACAUGAUCACUUGUAUGUGGGAUUUGGUAUUCUUCCUUUA